AUGUUCCACAAGUUAUGCGGGGAGCUACCUCCAAGAGUCGAGAACUUUGUUAUGGACGUGCAAGAGUUUGAGUACGAGAUCGUCUACCGUCCGGGAAAGACAUGCAUCGCUGAUUACAUGUCACGACAUGUUGAUCGAGCAGGAUCAAGUCGAGUGUUUGAGAUCGAAGCAGCAGCGGAGAGCGUUGUUGAGAGCGGGUGCUGCCACGCCCUUAAUGAACAAGGAACAGUGACGGUGGAGGAUAUUAGGGCUGAAGGAGAACGAUGCGAAGUCUACCAGAGACUUGUUAAAGCAAUCAAGUCGGGAAUAAGCGACAAUGACGAGGACUUAAAACCUUACAUAGUCCCGGAAAUCAAACACGACUUGAGUGUGGUCAACGGUGUGGUUUGUCGAAUUGAGUCACCGCGCACAUCAAGGAAUUAGCAAGGCAAAGCAUUUUCUAUGGACAUUCUGCUGGUUCCCUGGGAUGGACAAGGCCGUCGAAAACCAGGUACGAGGAUGCUUACGUACCGUGCCAAGCUGUCCAACCACCAAAUAACGACCAGCCAGUCAAACCGUCGGAGCUACCAAUUGACCCAUGGCAGUAUGUGGAAAUGGACUUCCAAGGCCCUUACCCCAACGGCGAAUAUAUAUUCAUCAUGAUUGACCGUUACAGUCGAUGGCCGGAGAUGGCAUGGUUCCGAAAUGCACCUAAUGCAAACACCACAAUCGCAGCCAUGGAGAAGAUAUUCACCAACAAAGGUGUUCCAGCGGUAUGCCAAUCGGACAAUAGCUCGCCUUUCCAAUUAAAAGAGAUGGAACAGUUUGCCCAAAGCAGUGGAUACCGCCAUCACCACAUUACUCCGGAAUGGCCCAGAGCAAACGGGACAGUUGAGCGAUUUAAUCGGAGUAUGAAAGAAGCUCUGCAGGCAGCAACUCGGGAAGGGAUAUCCCUGAGAGACGCAUCACAAAGAUUUCUGCAGAUGUACCGAUCUACCCCACACAGCGCGACUGGUGUCAGCCCGCAUGCUGCAUUGCAUGGCGGAAGAGAAAUGAGAACAGUACUUCCACUUAUGACACCAACCGACCAUGUUAUGGACCGUAUACGAGACCAACGAUACAAAGCCAAGAUGAGAAACAGACUGCGGCCACAUAAACUUCGGGUAGGUGACAGUGUUAUUGUGAAGCAGACAAAAGUCAGCAAGCUGACGCCGACAUUCAACCCUACACCUCUGAGAAUCACCGAGGUCCAAGGCUCGAGAAUAACUGCACGGGAGAUAAACGGCACGUGGAUCAUCACGAGGGACGCGUCGUACUUUCGAAAGAUUGCAUCCGACACGCGUGCGGAUAACGAAGAUGACCAGGAGACGCCGGAUGAAAGCACUGAGAAAGGGCAAAGACCACGACGGACAACACGGAGGCCCAGUUAUUUAGAAGACUACGACACUUAA